GGUUCAAUUCCAUUCCAGCCAACAACCAGCAAUGGAAGCUCAGUACCGGCAGGCCAGAAACCAAAAAUUUUUGACGACAAACCGCUUAUACUUGACGAUGAUUCAUCUGGUCGCAACAUCGUGCCAAAUGGUGGUGAAGCAUCUCCGAAUAUUGAGUUCUCACAAACGAGGCCAAAUGGCCUUUCAACCAUAUCCGGCGUAUUCGCUCCCGUGGCACUAUCAAUGUUCAGUAUCUUGCUUUUCAUGAGAAUGGGAUUUGUCGUGGGGCAGCUCGGGUUCCUUAUGACGGUUGUUCAGCUAGCAAUGGCCUACGGUAUUGUAAUGUUGACUGUUUUAUCUCUGUGCGCAAUAUCAUCGAAUGGAGCUGUGGAAAGCGGAGGCGUUUACUACAUGAUAAGCAGAUCGCUGGGUCCUGAAUUUGGUGGUGCUAUUGGCGUUUUGUUUUUCGUAGCUAACGUCUUCUCCUGCGCUCUUUACAUAUCAGGAUUCACUGAGGCACUUCUGAACAAUCUAGGUGGAGGCCAAUUUCCUGACUCACCCAUGUGGCGAUUUUUAUACUGUGUGUUGGUUUCAAUUGUUCUUCUUAUUAUUGGCUUACUUGGGGCAGGCAUGUUUGCCAAAACAGCGUUGUUUACUUUUAUUCUAAUCUCGAUAUGCUACUCCACUUGGCUAUUCUCAGUAAUGUUUGAUGGGCCUAUGCAAGUGCCCAUACCGAAAGUGAAUACUCCUGCUUAUCGCGUACAUGAAAACGCCUCCGAUCCCGAAAGUCCUAUGGUAGUGCAGUUAAAUCAGACUCUAACCGCCAAUUAUACUGGAUUUAGUUUUCGUACGCUUGGUGAAAAUAUGUUCACAAAUUACACCAUGGAUUAUACGACUGAACGGCAGACAGAUUUUGCACUGAUGUUCGCCAUUAUUUUCUCGGGCGUCACUGGUCUGAUGGCCGGCGCUAACAUGUCGGGUGAGUUGGCUCGUCCUUCCGUUUCAAUUCCUCGAGGCACUGUUCAAGCGGUCCUUGUCACAUUGUUUGUCUAUAUUAUGACGGCGUUUUUAAUGGCUGCAACAUCAAGCAGGUUUCUUCUUCAGAACGAUUACACUGUAAUGAUGGAUACGAAUUUCCAAAGGUGGUUCAUUCUCAUUGGAAUCUUUUCGACUACUUUGUUUUCAUCAAUGAGUAAUCUGAUAGGAUCAUCAAGAGUUCUGAACCGUCUCUCGCAUGACAAGCUUUUUGGGUGUCUACUGAGGCCUGCGAAAAUUGAGAUUGGGGACCGGAAUCCUGUGGUAUCGGUCAUCAUAACAUGGCUUUGUGUUGUGGGCGUCUUCUUGGUUGGAGCCAUGAACAAAAUCGCCAAGCUGACAUCUAUAUUCUUCCUUCUUUCGUACAUGGGAGUAAAUAUUGCUUGUCUCGCUCUCGAGCUAACUAGCGCUCCGAAUUUCAGGCCUACAUUCAAAUAUUUUGCGUGGUGGACAUGCGCUCUCGGCGUGGUUUGCACCACAACGAUGAUGUUGGUAGUGGAUGCAUCGAUGAGCGCCAUAGGUGUUGUAGCGCUGAUGUCACUUAUCAUGGUGCUGCACUACCAAGCUCCUACAGUAUCGUCAGGUUCAAUUUCACAAGCUCUUAUUUACCACCAAGUCAGGAAGUAUCUCUUGCUAUUAGAUGUCCGCAAGGAGCAUGUGAAAUAUUGGCGCCCACAGAUCCUGCUUCUUGUUUCGAGGCCAUCAUCUUCGUGUCCAUUGAUGGAUUUUGUCAAUGAUCUCAAAAAAUCUGGACUCUACGUUGUCGGUCAUGUGCGAAAAGGCGUGCUAGAUUCAAGUAAAGCUGUUGAUCCACUUCAGCAGGUGUUCCCUUAUUGGUUAUCUCUGGUGGAUUACCUGAAACUGAAGGCUUUUGUCGAGCUCACCCUUUCAAAUAGUAUUCGAGAAGGCAUUCAACAGUUAAUGCGGCUCUCUGGAUUAGGCGCUAUGAAGCCGAACACAGUGGUUUUAGGAUUCCAUGAAGCCACACCAAUCGAUGUGGCGCUACAGGAGUCACAACUUUUGAAGGAUUUGCGAUACUCAAAAAUUGAUCGAGCUGCUGUGGUCGAAUACUUCACUGCGGGUGAUUUCAUGCCUAAGGAACUGAAUGGUAAUAUGGAGCGACUUUCGUCAUCCGAAUAUGUCAAUGUUUUGAAGGAUGUUCUGCAUAUGACAAAAAGUUUGUGCGUUGCAAGACACUUUCAUAAAAUGGAUAAGGAAUCUCUUUCUCAGACUUGGAAUCAAAGGCGAUACAUUGACGUUUGGCCUGUAGAUUUGCAAAGACCCGUUGAAACAGGGCUAGGAUGGGACAACAGUUCCUUGUUUUUGCUUCAACUGGCGUGUAUUCUCUCCAUGUCAUCUCGGUGGAGAUCCCAUGCACGCCUAAGAGUGUUCAUAUGCGUUAAUAGUUUGCAGGAUAUGCAUCGUCGGGAUCGGCAGUUGAAGCAAAUGUUGGAUACAUUACGUAUCAAGGCAGAGUCGGUCGUUGUACCAUGGGAUCAUGUAGUCUGUCAUUUCCCACAGAAUGGGCCCUCAAUAACGGCCCAAAGACCAUCAAUUGAUCUCCCUGCGCCUUAUCUUACUGCCUUCAACGAGAUGAUCAAGCGGUAUAGUGAGGAGGCAGCAAUAACGCUUCUGAAUUUGCCGCUUCCUCCUGAUGACGCGAAUCGAGAUGCUGAAAGGUAUCUGGAUCAAAUUCGCCGUCUGACAGAUGCACUUCCACCGACGCUGAUGGUUCAUGGUGUUUCAUCGGUUAUAUCCACAGCAUUGUAG